GUCCCCUGCCCCAAUUGGCCGGAGCGGUCACAAGAGCCGAGCGAGCUCUUUCCUCCGGUCUCGCCCGUCUCUUCUUUCUCGGGCGGAGGCAGCCGCGAUGGAGCCGGAGGAAGGACCGCAGCAUCUCAGGUUGCACUUGGUGACUUGGAACGUGGGCACAGCUUCUCCCCCUCCUGAUGUCACCUCUUUGCUGCAGCUCAACUUGCAAGACCGGGAAAUGGACAUGUAUGUCAUUGGUUUACAGGAGGUGAACUCCAAGAUUGUGAAUUUCCUGUCUGACAUGGCCUUUGAUGAUCCUUGGAGUAUUUUCUUCAUGAAUGUUCUUUCUCCUCUGCGCUAUGUCAAGGUAUCUUCCAUACGCAUGCAGGGCCUCCUCCUCCUGGUCUUUGCAAAGCAGCCUCAUGUCCCCUUCAUACGGGACAUUCAAAGCCAGUUCACUCGCACAGGUCUCUACGGAUAUUGGGGAAACAAGGGGGGUGUCACCACUCGCAUGUCUGUCUAUGGACAUACCAUCUGUUUCCUGAACUGCCACCUGCCAGCCCACAUGGAGAAUGCAGGACAGCGGUUGGAUGACUUUGAGCGUAUCUUGGAGAUGCAGCAGUUUGAAGGCGAAAAGAUUCCCAACGUCCUGGAUCACGACAUUCUCUUCUGGUUUGGUGACUUGAACUUCCGGAUUGAAGAUUACGGCCUGCAUUUCAUUCGAGAAUCAAUCAAUAACAGCCGAUUCAGCCUUUUGUGGGAAAAGGACCAGCUUAACAUGGCUAAGAAGAAGGAACCCAUUCUUCAAGAAUUCAUGGAGGGGCCUCUGAAGUUCAAACCCACCUACAAGUUUGACCUGUACUCAAAUGACUAUGAUACCAGGGGGCAGAAGACGCUCUUUUGGUUUAAUGGGAAGAAGCGGAAGCCUGCGUGGACGGAUCGGAUCCUCUGGAGGGUGAAGCACCUUUUGCAGUUGGCCUCAGAGGCAGGAGAGAUGCCAGAAGAGGAGGCCAUUUCUGUGUCCCUGCACAGCUACAUCAGCCACAUGAGUUACGGCAUCAGCGACCACAAACCUGUCACCGGGACCUUUGAACUUGAGAUGAAGCCUCUGCCACCCGUCCCACUGGUCAGGCUGCAUCCUGUGGGCAAUUGGGAUGCUGAGCAAGAUGCCACUGUCCGCUACUCCACAGCUCCGGAAUUUCCAAGCAGUGCCUGGGAUUGGAUUGGUCUCUACAAGGUGACCUUCAAGCAUGCAAAUGACUAUGUGAUGUACGCCUGGGUGCAAGACAACGAGAUUUCCUCUGAGGAGGAUGCAAAGCAGGUCUAUCUCAGUGCUGAGGAGCUUCCAGCAACAGGAGGAGAGUUUCUUCUGUGCUAUUACAGCAACACAAUGCAAUCCCUGGUUGGCAUCAGUCAGCCCUUUCAGAUUCAACCAAGGAGAAUGUUAGCUGAGAAGGACCUGGCCUGGGACGGAGUCAGCAGGAUGCAGGAGCAGCUUUGUGAUGAGAAGCCACCGUGUGACUUUUGAACUGUGCCACGUGGCCCUGCAGCGGGGUCUGUGAGGAGGGAACCUCCUUCCUCUGCCUUAGAAACAGGCCUCUCUCCGAAGCCUAGAAACACAGCUGGGCAUGUGAGUUUGAGCAGCCCAGAGCAUCAUUUCCUAGGAAAUAAAUAGUUCUAUUGCUGUCCCAGGAAGCUGGAACAAGGCUGUGCCUACCUUCAGCAACUAAAGAACCUUGACUAAUUGUAGCUUUCCCAAGAGGAUCCACCUUCCAGUGGCCUAGUGCAGGGCAGGGGGCACUUAUUCCUGAGGCCUGCUGCUGCUUCAUUUUCCUAGGGGUUAUUUUAGGAACCAGGCAAUACACUGCAAUAUUAAGUAGUCAAUGGUUGGUCUGUUUUUAAAAAAACCAGCAUUCCAAGAUUCAGCUCCCUAUUUUUAUGAAAUGCACUUAGAAUUUACUUGGGAGCUGAAAUACUUUCUACUGUAGAUGAAGAGAAUAUGCAGUCAGUUGUGACAUUUUGGUUGGUUGGAAAUGAGCAGUCAUGACAGAGCAGUGAAGAGGGAGGGACUUGAGCAGCUCAUGGCUUCUGUUAUCUUUACUUCCAGCUGCCUCACUUCCUGUGGUAGUUUUAAUCUCCAAGAGUUCAAUGCUUGAAAUUCUGAAGGUAAAUCUACAUCCAUCCAUCCAUCCAACCAACCAGCUGGCUUUUGCUUGGAAUGUGGGAGUUCUUGAUGGCCCGUCGCAUUAAAAAAACCCCAACCAUGCUGGUGAUUCCACCUGGGGUUAUUUUGAGCUGUACAACAGGGGAAGCCAAUGUGGUGCUGUCCAGAUGAUGUUGGUCCCCUGACUCCCAUCAGCCACAGGUCAGGAAAGAACAGGGGUAGGUGUUAUCCCCCCUCCCCCUUCUGGAGCAAGCUCCACAGUAACACAGCCUUGCUGGGACCUUCCUGGGGCCAGUCCUCAUCUGGAUGCAUUUCUUGCACCUUUGCACAAUUUCUGUGGAACUGGCCUGUCUCCUUCAGCCCAUGUUUCUGCAGUUUCUGGCUCCACUCAGCACUGAAGGCCCCUGUCAGGAUGGGCUGCUGUGCUGCACACUGCGGCCCCCGUGCUCAUCAAGCAAGGCUGGCUAGUUCCCCUCUGCAUGCAAGUGAUGGGGGGGGGGAGGCUGCUGUUGGCAGCAUGUUGUGUGUGGAUAUGACUUGCCCGCUGCUGGGAUUCCCUUUACUUUGCUGCUCAUGCCAAUCCUUUGCACUCACGAGGGAGGGAGAAAAAUAUAGAUGCACCUGCCCUCUGGGCACUUGUCAGCUGCUCCUGUGACGAAAAGGGUUUCCAUGGAGAAAAGGUACCAAGCUGCCCAGAGAAUAGGAGAAACCUGGGCUGAAAUAAUUAGUGGUGGGUGUUAUCAUGGUGGCCAGCCUUUGAACUCCGAGAUAAGGCAGAUGCACCCACCAAAAUCCUUAUGUACAAGCACUUUCAAUUUGUCUUGUCUGAAUUGCUCCUGUUGCAUCUGGACUCGUUUCCAUUUCUCCCAAUGCAGUUUCUGUAAGUGUGGGAGGUUUUGGAAUGGGGCAAAUUUCCCUGUGCCUGUUAGCAGAUGAGUUUCAGUCACUGCCUAAUGGAUUUAAAGUUAAAUCGUGGCAGAUGGACAGCAGGAUUCUUAUGUAAAUUGGCCCACAAGAAGAGCGUCCUGUCUGGCAAAGACUGACUCUUCGCCUGAGCCUUGGCAUUCUAGCUGGGACAGGAACUUCCUUGGGAGCCAGUGGUGGCAGCUGCUUUUCUGUAAGUCACUUUGUUACAUGUGUGAAGAUAUAUUGAGAGAGGUUUUUCAUUGUCUUUUAAGUAAACACCCUCAAGAUACUGCCUGGGGUCAUUGCUGUGACUGCCAUAUUGUUUGUUUUAAUCCUUCUGUUUGAGAGAUCUGUCACAGCCUGGGAAAGGACUUUCUUCAGGAAGGGCCAUAGCUCAGAGCAUCUGCCUUGCAUGCAGAAGGCUGCCGAUUCAAUCUGCAGGUAGGGCUGGGAGAGUCUGAAACCCUAGAGAACCACUGCCAGGCAGAGUAAACAGUACUAAGCUAGAUGGACCAGUGGUAUAAGGCAGCUUCCUCAGUGGAAUUUCAUUUUCUCCUCUUUUUAGCAUCCUGACCAUCCACUCCCUUUGUUCUUUGCUGUGCGAAUUUAGGAUAGGCAUCGUAUUGGUGUCGUCGUUUCAUGACAUAAUUUUUGUGUGAGAGAUUCACCCUGAAAAUUGUUUGGCAGUCAAGUAUGCUCUGUCAACACAGAACAAGAUGCGGCAAAGCAGGUGUUCCAUCCUUUCACUUUGCCAAAGAGUCUUGUGGCAUAGGGGUCACACUUCUCCAUACCAAACUGGUUCACAUUUAAAUCUGCCGUUAAAUCUAGUCCUGGUGUUGACACCCAGGUAGGAAAUGCUUUUCAUCAUUUUUGAUUGGUUUACCAGCUUGCAUCUCCUCUUGAGUAAUUACUUGGCCACAUUUGCAGUUGAUAACAUCCAAGGUAAGAACUGUGGGCGGCUGCCUAGGAAGAAUGUCCAGGCUGCUGAAUGUGUAUCAGCAAUACUUUCAAGACUACCACUGGGUUGCUGUUGGUUUCUGGGUGCAGUUCAAGGUGCUUCUCUUACUGUUUUUUAAAGCCUAAUCCCUUAAAGGGUACCUGAAGGAACUCUGCUUCCUCCCAUAUGAACCUGCUGGUUCCUGGAGACCACUAUCUUAAGGUCCAGCUCCUGGCACCUCACUGUCACAGGUCAGGCAGGUGGUGAUUUGGGACAGGGCGUUCUGUGUUGGUGCCUUGCUUUUGUGAUACACUUUUAAAGGAGGCAUGCCUGGCAUCGACUUUUUUAACAAAUAAAUCAUGUUUUAGGUAAGGUAAAGGCAAAGGUACCCCUGACCAUUAGGUCCAGUUGCGGACGACUCUGUGAUUGCGCACUCAUCUUGCUCUAUAGGCCGAGGGAGCUGGCGUUUAUCUGCAGACAGCUUCUGGGUCAUGUGGCCAGCAUGACUAAGCCGCUUCUGGCGAACCAGAGCAGCACACAGAAACGCCGUUUACUUUCCCGCCGGAGCGGUACCUAUUUAUCUACUUGCAUGUGACGUGCUAGGUGGGCAGGUACCAAGUAACAAGUAACAACUGUAUUUCCCCCAACCCCUCACCUGUUAUUUGCUGUAUUUUGCUGCUGCUGCUAUUUGUCUUCACUGCUUAGUUUGUAUUGUGCUUCUAUACUAUUUUAUUUUAGAUGGUAACUUGUCUUGCAGUCCUUGAGGUGAAUCACAAAUGGUUUAAAGAAGAAAUAUUAAAAUAAAUGUUAACUCUGAUAGUUA